AUGAUCCUGGUGAGGAAUUCGAUGCCCAUCACCCAGCAGCCACUAACACGUGCAGCCUCCGUCAAGAAAGCAUGUCACGACAUCGCCAAAGUAAUGCUCGAGCACUACACCGGCAACCAGCCUGGUGACGUCCCCGGUAACCUUCCCGAUCCGUACUACUGGUGGGAAGCAGGGGCGAUGUUCAGUGCGUUGGUCGACUACUGGUUCUAUACGGGAGAUGAUCAAUGGAACGACCUUGUCACGCAAGGCCUCGUAUGGCAAGCCGGGGAGUCGGGAACAUUCAUGCCGAACAACCAGACACGAACAGAAGGUAACGAUGACCAGGGGUUCUGGGCCUUUGCGGCCAUGUCCGCAGCCGAGCGAAACUUCCCCAGCCCACCGAGUAAAGGUGCAGAUUGGCUUGAGAUGGCACAAGCGACCUUCAACACACAGGCUUGGCGAUGGGAUACAUCGAGUUGCAACGGAGGACUGCGAUGGCAGAUAUUUACGUGGAACGGCGGAUACAAUUAUAAAAACACAAUCUCGAACGGGUGUUUCUUCAACCUGGCGGCUAGACUGGCGCGAUACACCGGGAACCAGACGUAUGCAGACUGGGCGAUCAAGGUGUGGGACUGGACACGCGAGGUUGGCUUCAUGACCGAUGACUAUGCCUUCUAUGACGGUGCGGACGACACAAAGAACUGUGUAGAGCUAGACCAUAUCCAGUGGACAUACAACCCAGGGGUGUAUUUGUUAGGUGCUGCGGCGAUGUAUAACUUUGUCUGUUCUUCCCGAAUACUUGUGGACUGCAUGAGCUGA